CUUUCCUUUAGGGGGCACUUGGGUAACGUUUUCUGGAUUUUCUCCACAACCAUGAGGGCUAGAAAUUUUUUUUUUUUUUUUUUAAACAGAAGUUGACAUUCUCACCAAAUCACUUGCCUCCAGGAGCUGGGGCUUUAAGAAAAACACCAAAUAUCACAAGUAUCACAAUAAAAUGAUGGGAGUUGACAAUACUGCCGUUCUUGCCCUAAGGAACCUACAAUUUAAAGCCCUGAUCCUGAAAACACUUGAGCAGGUGCAUAACUUUUGGAUUCUUUUAAGGGAGGAAGCCAAACAGAGUCACGCCCCAUCCUAAAGUGUAGGAUCUAGGGCUGGCAGUAAUGCAUCCCUGCCCGAUGUGGGGUCGGAAAUCUCUUCAUUGCCCGAACAGGCCAAGGAAGCACUACUGAUUUCUUGGCCAUGGAGACAAGUCCUCUCCCAGGCCCUUGUCCUAGGUGCUGGUCUCCAGUAGGGGGAAGCAGUCACCUUUUGCUGGCUCUCGGCAGGUGGAUAGUUUGGUUUCUGCCAAUAUCUGAGCCAGGUGCCUUCUGUUUGGCCAUAGUUUCUAACUGUUAGAUUAGCCCACUGCUACCUUCUGGUUUUUGUUUGUUUGCAUCUUCCUCUGAAGCUUCUGGCACUGGCCGCUGUUGGAGAAAGGCUCCUGGACUAGAUGGAGCUUGGUUUUGAUUCCAUCUGGCAAUUCCUAUGUUCCCUUUGUUUUAUAGGUUCCUGGUGAGCUGAGGAGUUAUUCCUUUAGCAAAGCAGGGUCCCAAGGGGAAGAGCACACGGUCUCUCAGCCAUUCGGUCAGUGGCAUUGUAGCUAGGCAUUACUUCCAGACGGUGCAAAGAUAUCGCAGCCGAUCCAUCCACCAGAUCUCCUCCCUUUUCUCUCUCGGAAGGAGGUAAGUUAGCCCUGACCUGCUCACUGAGUCUAACCUUUGAGAGGCUGGAAAUGCCUCCUGUUGGUGGACAUGAAAGAUGGAGAUGAAAUAUAAAGGGCUACUUCCAGAUGUCCCCAUUCAAACAAACUUCUCUUGACACUGAUGGGAGUUUGCUUGAUUAAAGCUCCAGGCUUUGGCCCUUUGAGUUCAGAGGAAUUGCUGGCAUUCAUAGCCUAGAAAUCUGGCCAGAGCACCACAAUGGGAGCUGCUGUGCUAACUUGGUCAACCUGGUCCAGAUUGCAGGCCCUGUUCGGCUCUUGUGAAGCUGGCCCUGAGCUCUGUGGAAAACGUGGUCUGUGGAUUUCCAGGAGAACUGUGGGCGCUCAGCCCCCCGGAGGAAUCAGCCUGCAGGCUUGGCAUUGCACCUUUUCUUCUAAUUUAUUUUAUUUUGCAAUGGUUUUUUUAAAAACAAAGUUCUGUGUCAGUACAGAACUGGCUCAAGGGGCCUGCAAUCUAGAGCUGAGUGGUUACAUUGCAGCAAAUAAUUGAUUCAACAUAUAUUUGGUGAUUUUAAUGAAAUAAUAAUAAAGACCUCACUCUAAUCUAGCAUUUUUCAUCUGUAGUUCUCCAAGUGCUUGACAAAGCACAGUAUCAUUAUUCCCAGUUUACAGGUGGGGAAACUGAGGCACAGAGAGGGACGACGUGAUUUGCCCAAGAUCACCCAGCAGGUCAGUGGCAGAGGUGGGAAUAGAACCAAAUCUCCUAGAGUGCUCUAUCCACCAGGUCACACUGAGGACGCCAACAGCUGUGAGACUGCUAGACUCUGUGUUAUUGAGAUUAAAAUAAUAAGGAGGCUGAUCCAAGGGUUUAGGCACCCUAAUGUCAUUAAUUAUUCGGUAAACACAAUUAAAUUUAAUCUCUCCACCAUUAAAAUCAGUUCCACGGGAACUCGAGCAAUCAACCACCUGUCCCCUUCACUGUUUCUAAAAGGGGACUAGGGUGGCCCCCCCUUUAAAGCUGGCAGGUCUCUCAAUUCAGGAGCUCUGGAGCAUGGCCUGUCAUUGAUUAAGGGGGCUGGGAGCCCUUCUCUGCACUCGAGUGUUGGGGGAGGUGGACCGUGGUGAAGAGCACAUAGGAUCAUGGGGGACAGAACCAAGUUUUGGUUUAGCAGGAAUCUUGGUGAGAUAGGGUUACAGAGAGAGAGAGAGAGAGAGAGAGAGAGAGAUGGGGAUGUGGCAAACCCAGGAGAAACAGCUACAAAGGCGGGGGGGGGGGGGGGGGAGAGGGAGGUAGUAAUCAGUCCCAGGGGGUUAAAAAAGCCUCUCCCAAGCCACUGAAGAGAGAGAACCAUGGGGAAAUAAGGUUCAGCUGGGCAAGGGGUUACUAGGGAACUAAUUAGGUUCAGCUGGCUCCAACUGCUUGGGACCUUUUUAAACCCUCCCCGGCAUGGAAAGGGGGGGAGAGAGAGAGUGAGAGUACCAGGAAAGCUGCCAGUAAGUUAGGAGCAGCAAGGCUCUGAACCCUUCCAGCAAGGCAGGCCGCACUCUGUCCCCAGAAGGGAAGACAAACAAGCACAAGGGACUGACUGAGGGAAGGAAUAGCCAGCCCCUGUGCUACCUACAGGGUUUUGCUUUGCCCAAGCCUGGGUUCCAAGGCUAAAAAGGACUGAGCCUGCUGAGGAGAAGGAGGUACUUUGCCACACGGGUUACAGUGUGUGUGUCAGAGAGAGAUGGGGUUACUGUGUGUGUGUGUGUGAGAGAGAGAGAGAGAGAUGGGGUUACAGAGUGUGUGUGUGCACACUGAUCAACUCUCCUCCUUAGGCGUUCCACAUGAUGACCCUCCCCUCCCAUCCCCACCCCACGAUGUUUUAACCUGAUCCUUUUCUUUUCCAGCACAGGCUUGAGUUCACUGCACUUAAUCCCUAACACAAGCCCCGCCAACGUCUCUCCUAGCUUGCCUUUCUACUCUGCGACGCUCCUUCAGUUUCUCCAUGUUGCCUAUGGAGAAAACAUGAUGAUCAUCUUGGGCCCGGUGGGGUUCUGUGGCAUGACCCUCAAGGCCGGGGCCACUGUAGCUGCUGUCUACAUGAUCCUAGUGACCAACAUCUACCUGAUCUUUGAGGUUGGCCACUUGGAACGAGCAAUGACGGACAUGGCACAAAUCAAGCCCUUCAACUUAACCGAAGUGGGGAAGAUGCUACCGUAUUGCUACUAUACAGCCAUCACGCUGGCUGUCAUGACCUACCCGGUGUGUGUCUUCCUCAUCUACUCAGUCCCGAAGCGGCUCUACAUGGGCAUGUUCGCCUAUGUCGCAUGGAUCACCUUCUAUGACCCGGUUAACUGCCUCAUCGUGGCCCUGGCUUACCAGGUCUCCAAAGAAGCCUGGUUUUCCCUCAGCCCCCUGGAGUGGUUUGGGCUGGCCACCAGGAGCCCCAUGGAUUGUUUCUGGCUCUCCUUCGUUGUCACGUAUGCCCUGAUGGUUAUUGAAAGCAAAGGGCAAGGAAGGCUGUCGCUCAGGAUGAGGCGGAGCUCUAGGAUCGUGUCAGAACCGCCCAGGUUUAGGUUGGGCUCCACUGCUAGGAAAGGCGUGAGGGGAGGUAUUGGAGCAGUACGUUGGGCCCCAUUUUCACGUGUUUCCUACUGAUGGAGAUGAGAGACCAUUACCUGUGUAAUCUCCUUCCUCUGUUGUAUAAUUCAAUGUUUCUCUUGCUGUUGCUGCGUUUUCCAGGCUCUGAGUUCAAGUCCUGAAUAAAUCCCCCAAAAGCCCAUGAUUUAUAUUUGUGUUUUAGGUUUUUCCCUGGCUUUUAUUUUGCAUCAGGAAGCCACAGGGCAUGGGAGUCAGCAGAACUGGGUCUAUUCACCGUUCUGCUACCGAGUCACCAAAUGACCUUGAGGAGUCAUGUCAUCUCCCCCUACCUCAGUUUUCCCAUCCGUAAAAUGGAGAGAAAGAUAUUGCUGUAUAGUAUAUAUGUAAGGCACUGGAAGCUCGAGGGAUGAAAAGCCUGACAUAAGGCCAGAUUUUGAAAGACAUUUAGGCAUUGCGAUGCUCAGCCUUGAAAC